AUGGAGUACCGCAUGAAAGCCAUUGAAAAGCUCCUGACUGAAUUGACAACUACGUCGAUGCCGGGCACAUUACCAGAAGCUGAGGAGGAGAAGACUCUACCUCCGCCGCCAGAGGGAGAGAAAGCAUUAUCGAAUACUUUCGAUCCGGCAACGCAAGCCGGACAGUCACCCCCGCCCGCGUCACCACCGCCUGCAUCUCCUCCGCCUGCGUCACCUGCCCGUCGCGUUUCUCUCGUUCCCGACGCUUCUCCUAUUCGAAAAGAUUCUCCUGUUCAGAAUGAUACCCCUGUCGGAAACCACAAGUCUGGUCGAGAAGACGGCCAUAUUCGUAACGAUAGUGUUAUGCGCAGCGACACUCCUAUUCGGAACGAUACUCCUGUCCGCAACGACACUCCUGUCAGCGACAAAAAGCCUGUUCGAGAAGAGCCUCAUAUCCGUAAUGACAGUGUUAUGCGGAAUGACAGUCCUACCGGCAAUGACACUCAUACUCGUAACGACACUCCUCGCAACGAAACUCCCACCCGCAACGAUAUGCCUGCUCGAAAAGAUACGUCCGCGCGUCACAACGCUCCUAUUAUCCAACAAUCAGUUACUAUUCCGAAACGUCAAGGCAGCGUUAGCACACCGCCGGUAUCACACAAGUCUCACAUCGAGUUCGAUGAGCUUUGCUCUCUUUUCGAAGAGUGUCAAAUGGCCAUCACCUCGGACAGAAAACAAGCAUCCAAAGUGAUAGACGUGUCUUUGCUUCCAGGGAACGGGACAAGCCACGGAGCGCUUCAAAUCAGAUGCGUCCACCUGGACUACGAUGGGCAGUUCAUCGGCCCGGUCCAUACGCUAUUCAAAAUCAAGAAGUACAGUGGAGCUCGGAGGGUGACGACCUUGCCUGUCCACCCUUACUGCAUGAACGUCGAUCCAGCCGGUGUCCGCGAAACGCUCGUGGUCCGUGGUAAAAAAUUCAUGGAGGUUGCAGCAGGCAAGCACAUGCACUGUCGCGGCACAGCCAUCAGCCCCCGCGAGCAAGUCGAUGCUCAGGUCAUGAUCGACUUCCAGCAAGCAAUCUCGCGGCACCCGCACUGGGCUCCCGCCAUAAUCGGCGUGGGCGCCGACAUCGACGACGAAGAAAACGACGUCUGGGAGCUGUGUCGAGAGAAAAGGAUGCCGGACGCCUUCCUGCAGCCGCGAGAAAUGAGCGGCGGCGGUGGAUACAUGGGAGGAGCCGGAUCACUCAGCGAAGACGAGCUGAUGCUGCUCCCUUACCGCGUCUACGGCUUCGUCCUCCGCACCAGGAAGUGGGCCGCGUUCGACAUCGACGACCUACACGAAGUGCGCACCAGACCGGGCGGCGAAGGCUUCAAGCAGCUCGUCCUGCCGUCCGGCCACAGAUCGAAGCUGGAACCGCUGCUGCGCCACCAUUUCCGGCAGCGACAGUGCAUGAAGGCCGAGCAGCACUCACCACCACUACCACCAGGCACGAUGAACCACCAAUACCUCGGCAGCAGUAGCAGCAAGCAGCCCGGCCUGACGAUCCUGCUCCACGGCGUGCCGGGCGUCGGGAAGACGCUGACGGCCGAAUGCGUCGCCAGCCACUUCUCGAAGCCCUUCUUCCCCCUCUCCUGCAGCACGAUCCUCGCCGGCAGCCCCGAAGACGUCACCGCGCGGAUCGAGGAAAUCUUUUCCCUGGCAGCGGCAUGGGACGCCGUCCUCCUCCUCGAAGACGCCGAGCCCCUCGUCCUCCUGCACUCCUCCACCCCCUCCACCCCCUCAACCACCCUGACCACCACCACCUUCCUCCACGCCCUGGACAACUACCCCGGCCUCCUCUUCCUGCACACCACCUCCCCCUCCCACCUCAACCCCACCAUCAACCCCUCCCUCCACACCCGCCUCCGCCUCUCCCUCUCCUACCCGCCCCUAAACGAGCGCGCCACCCUCGACGUCUGGGACGUCGGCAUCUGGCAGACGAAACAACUCUACCCGUCAACGCGCAUCAAGGCCGACGAGAUCCUCGCCUACGCUGCCGAGCGGUAUCGGGACCCUUACGCCAGCAGCAGGUGGACGGGCAGGCAGAUCCACAACGCGUUCCAGAACGCCGUCGCGUUGGCCGAGGACGAGGCGCUGUAUAGUGCGAGUGGGAGUAUCAGGGAGCAUAAGGAGCGGAGGAGUCGGGCGGGGGGGUCGUCGGCCCUUUCGACGGCGACGCUGAGGAGGAGGCAUUUUGAGAUUGUGGCGGGGGCUUGGGAUGAGUUUGAGCGUUCUGCUGCUGCCGGUGGUGGGCAGACUGGCGGCGGCGGUGGCAGCCGCAGCAGUAGCAGCCACCAGCGAGAGCGCGAGCGAGACCUCCCUCCCCCUCCUCCCCCUCCUCCGCAGACGGUAACGCGCCAGCAAUCCGUCACCCUCCGCGCGGUCGAGAAACAGCGCAGCGCCAGCGUCAGUGUCGAGCAGCGCCGGCGGCUCGUCCGCGCGAAUACGAUUGCGGGAGGACAACGGCCGCCUUCGCGCGCCGCGUACCCGUCCGGCUUGCCCCCGUUGCCUAAAAUGCCAAGGGGGAGCGAGGCGCCGCUGCCGCCGUUGCCACUGCCGCAGUUGGUUGAGGGGCAUCAGCGGCGGAUGUCGUCGCAGAUGCACGUGAGUCACAGCCACAGUCACAGUCGGCGGGCGUCGGAGUCGUCGAGGGCGACGGGGACGACGGUGUCGACGAGGAGUGGUGGUGGGGGCGGGGGUGUGGGAGGUAGUAGUAGGUAUGCGUUGUCUUCGGGGAGGCAGGCGAAGCAUAAGAGGUGGUCGAGUAGCGUGGGGGAGGAAGGGGAAGAGGAGGGUUGGAGCGAGACGAGGGGGGAUUCCGGGGCGGAGGAGUGGUCCAGUGCGGAGGUGGAGAGGAAUCUGAUUGAUAAUUUUACGGCGAUAGCGUAUCGGUAG